ACUUGUUGAAUAAUUACAAAGCGAGCCCCCAAAAAGGCAACAAGAAGAAGAAGGACGCGAAGGAAGGGCCUUGAGUCACAGUCACACAACUACACAGCACAUGGUUCUAGAUUUUGCAGUUCCCAUCGCGCAUUAUUCAUCCUCUCUCCCUGAUUUUCCAGAAUCCUAGCCAGUCAGUCAGUCGGCAACAUGGCAAACAUCAAGGAGAUCGCCUCCUACGCUGAGUGGGAUGCCCUCCAGGCCUCUCUUCCUCCAACCACCCUCCUCGUCAUCUCCUUCCACGCACCCUGGGCUGCCCCCUGCGCCCAGAUGGCCACCGUCCUCAAGACCCUCGCCGCCGAGUACCCCGCCGACGACCGCACCACCUGGGUGUCACUGAACGCCGAGGACCUGUCCGACAUCAGCGAGAAGUACGACGUUACAGCGGUGCCCUUCCUGGUCAUAUCGAAAGAAGGCAAGGUGCUCGAGACCGUUAGCGGCAGCAGCGCGGUCAAGGUUAGGAAUGCGAUCGAGAGCUGGGCCGGCAAGCCCAACGCGCCGGGCGCAGCAACAACAAACGGCGCCAGCAGCAACGGCGCCGCCACCUCGGGCAUAGCGGCGAGGGAAGGCGACGGCAAUGUCCUGGAUGAGGAGCUGCCGAAGGAGGAUCUGAACAAGCGUCUAGGGGAACUGGUCAAGGCGGCUCCUGUCAUGUUGUUCAUGAAGGGCACACCAAGCGCACCGCAGUGCGGCUUCUCGAGGCAGAUGGUCGCGAUGCUCAGGGAGAACUCGGUCAAAUACGGUUUCUUCAAUAUCCUGGCAGAUGAUGAGGUGCGGCAGGGUCUGAAGGAGUUUGCCGACUGGCCUACCUACCCACAACUGUGGAUUGAUGGAGAGCUGGUGGGUGGUCUUGACAUCGUCAAGGAGGAGAUCGAGAACAACCCGGAGUAUCUGAAGCCCUACAGUGUCAGCAACUGAGCCAACAUGGAGUUCCCAGAUACAGAGGACACACCAACCACUCGGAGCCAGACAAAUGGGGAUUUGAAGGUCACAGAAAUGCAAGGCUGCCGGCAUGAAGAGCUUACACUAAGCCCUGCCAUGGCCAAUAUUUGACAGCUACCCGAACAGAGAUGACAGCCAAGCCAGCACAUGCCUAGGUUACUUAUGUGGCUGUCAAAUAGCAAGCUGGGUCGGAUGAGAAAGGCUAUACUUGGGCACAAAACCCCCAUGUCUUUGAAAUCACUAUGCAUACCAAGUAUCUAUAGUAAGAUCACAGAGCAUUACCUCAAGAGAACAGACCCCUAAUCAUGAC